AUGGGUUCAGAAUACACCAAAUCAGCAAAAAGCAUAUCAAGUGUUAAUUCGCCAAAUCGGAUUGAUGAGAAGGAAAAGGAAUCAAUUAAGGCGGAGAUACGCGCGGAGCUGCAAGAACAGAUGCAAAGUCAAUUCAAUGCCAUUCUGAAGCACAUGAACUUGCCGCCUUUGCCAUUUCCCUCGAGUACCCCAGUAGACUCAUGUAGUCACCCAGGAGGCCUCGAGGACGAUCCAGUAGUUGAGAGAGAGGAUCCAAGUCCUACGGAUGCAGAGUCACUGAAGAGAGCAAAUCCGAUACCUGAACCUUUCCCAGAUGUUAAGGAAGAGACGCCUUGUGAGCUUCUUCACCCCGGGGAAACAACCGGUGGACAGUUACGGUUGGUGGGGUAUGGUAGUGCACAACCUUUUGACAAGGUGCAUUUUAAGUCUAAUACUAGCACCCAUUACAUCUCGGUCGGGAUCGAUUCUAUAGUUGCUGGGUUUGAGGACUUACCACUACCGGUGCCUAGAGAGGAAUAUGAUUUUUUUAAGCUGCGUGACGCAACCGGGAGCUUUGUGCAAUGGCCACGUGAUCGGUUGAGGUUGGUAGGAGGGAUUACUAUGGAAAUUCAGUCCGCUAAAAGAAAAAAGGUGGAGAAGCAAAAAUCCAAGGAAGAAGGUCCUCCGAAGAUGGAACAAGGACAAGUGUCGAAGAAGAGUUCGAGAGCUUCAUGUACUCCACUAGUAGAAGCCAAAGUCCUUAGGUCGCUUUCGAAAGCAUGUACUUUUCUUCACAACCGUGUUAGUGAGUUGCCUACAAGUACACAUAUUCAAGUGAACUUGCCUAAGACAUUGUUCCACUAUGAUGAGGAUGCGAUCGCAUACAUUUCUAGAGAGGAUGUGACGGAAUUUCUAACCAGUUCCAUGCUUAACAUAUCCAUCAUUCAAACAUUCAUGAGGUCACUACAGGAGCUCCUUACUAGUAAACCCGAUGGUGAAGCAGCAGUUGGGUGGUUAUGCCCCGAGCAGACCUCCGUAACCAAAUGCUUGAAUAACCCUCGUGAUGUGAUAGAUUACCUUGAGCGGGCUAUUAGAGAAUCAAUGCGUUCUACAUUGGAGCCUUUAGUGAUUUGUGUUUCCAAUAACACAAUCUACUACUUUGACUCGGCUCGUAUAUGGCCACCAAGGAAGUUGCUAGUGAAUAACCUAUUGAAUAGUGUUAUGAAGAAGUUGAAUUGUCGUUCGGUUGCAGGUUCCACGUGGAAAUAUGCGAAGUGUGCGCAACAAAACAACGGCGUUGACUGUGUCCUCUACGUGAUGAGGUUUAUGAAUGACAUAGUCAAUAGGUGCACUGAAGCCCAACACAUUGAGGAGGUUUGUAAAAGGGAAGGCCCUUUGACAAAGGAAGAGGUUUAUGAAAUUCGCUACAUGUGGGCUUUUUUUGUGACAUUUGAUGGCAUCUAG